AUGGCGUGGCUGGCCAACCAGCGCCUGCGCUUUCUGGCCAUACCCUCGCAGAUCUCCACCAAGGAGCUGUCGCAACUCCAGGCGCUCCCAGGCUUUGAGAGCUAUUGGAUGAAGUGGCUGAAGCUAAAGGAGCUGGUCGUUUUUCGGAAGCGCUGCGAGUUCGCGCAGCACUGGGCAGAUCAGCAUCACGAGCUUCCCGCGAGCGAAGACGAUGUCGAAACCGAUGCCUUGGCCAGCGGAGUAUUCCAGACAGCCGCGGAGUUUGUGGACUGGGUGCAAGGCACCCUGUCGAAGAUGCAGGCCAAACGACUGGACCAAAAUCAGCGAGCGAUUCUCCGGAACCAUCCUUACUUUGCGGAGAAGAUGCCAACUCAGAUCACAGAGGAGAAUUAUGACUCCUUCUGGCAGAACGGUUCCGGCAGCUGA